ACAUAAAAAGUUCCCACCCAAACUUUGAUGGAAGAAAUUCAAGAAGUAGACACUCUAAUUUCCCAAAACAUUGGGCGAGAAUGAUAAUUUAGUUAAAUUUGUAAGUGAUUAUCCAUGAGAUUAGUGGAUAAUCUUUUUCUUUCUUUACAAAGCCAACUUUAUCCAAAAUCACAAAUUUCGAAAUUAAAAUUUAACCAAACUCUACACAGGAAAGUAAAACUUAUGUUAAAAAAGCUUUAUUUGUCCGCUGUAGUACUUUUGUCUUUGGGUUUCUGUGACGGUUAAUAAAUUCAAGUUGAGAGUUGUUGAAACACGAAGAAGAAUUGGCAGUGGCUGGCGAUGAAGAUGAACGUACACGAAGAAGAAUCGCUAGUAUCGGUGGAGAAAACGGCGUCGCACGAAGAUUUGCCGCUACCGAUUUACGCAUCACUUGAGCCGGUGUACGGAGGAGGAUCUCAACUCGAAGAGGCUCAACUUCGUUUUGAUACAUUGAAGUCUAAGUUUCUUCUAGUGUUCGGUCAUCAGCCUGAUGUCUUCGCUCGAUCUCCAGGGAGAGUUAACUUGAUUGGAGAACAUAUUGACUAUGAAGGAUACUCGGUGUUGCCAAUGGCAAUUCGCCAAGACACGAUCGUGGCGAUAAGAAAACAUGAGUCUGGAGAGGCUGAAAAGCUUCUGCGAAUCGCUAAUGUUAACGACAAGUACACUUUUCGUACUUAUCCUGCUGAUCCUAACCAGGAAAUUGAUUUGAAGGACCUUAAAUGGGGCCAUUAUUUCAUUUGCGCAUACAAAGGCUAUUAUGAAUAUGCAAAAGCUAAAGGACUGGAAGUUGAACCACUGCUUGGACUUGAUAUUUUAGUGGAUGGGAUAGUUCCUACAGGUUCUGGUCUAUCGAGCUCUGCAGCUUUUGUUUGUUCUUCUACCAUUGCCAUUAUGGCUGCUUUUGAUGUCAGUAUCUCAAAGAAAGAGCUUGCACAACUUACAUGUGAAUGUGAACGACACAUUGGAACACAGUCUGGUGGGAUGGACCAGGCAAUCUCUAUAAUGGCCAAAGCUGGGUUUGCUGAACUGAUUGACUUUAACCCUAUUUGUGCAACUGAUGUACAACUUCCUGCUGGUGGAACUUUUGUGAUAGCCCAUUCUUUGGCCGUAUCUCAGAAAGCUGUUACUGCCGCUACAAAUUACAAUAACAGAGUAGUUGAAUGUCGAUUGGCUUCGAUUGUUCUUGGUAUAAAACUGGGCAUGCAGCCAACCGAGGCAGUAUCUAAAGUGAAAACUCUUUCUGAUGUUGAGGGAUUAUGUGUAGCAUAUGCUGGUAAACAUGGAUCUUCUGAUCCUGUCCUUGCUGUUAAGGAACUUUUGCAUGAGGAACCAUACACUGCUGAGGAUAUUGAAAAGAUCAUUGGAGAAAAACUGUCAUCUGUCUUUGCAAAUAGUCCUACUUCUUUGGACGUGCUAAUAGCUGCCAUGAACUUCAAGUUGCAUCAGAGAGCUGCUCAUGUGUACUCUGAAGCUAAGAGGGUAUAUGCUUUCAGGGACACUGUAUCCUCAAAUUUAAGUGAAGAAGACAAGCUGAAGAAGCUUGGUGACCUUAUGAAUGACAGCCAUCACAGUUGUAGUGUUCUAUAUGAGUGCAGCUGCCCAGAGUUGGAAGAACUGGUAGAAGUGUGCCGUGAAAACGGCGCUUUAGGGGCGAGGCUGACAGGGGCUGGAUGGGGUGGUUGUGCAGUUGCUCUGGUGAAAGAGGGAAUUGUUCCACAGUUCAUCCUCAAUCUGAAGGAAAAAUUCUACCAGGCAAGAAUCGACGAGGGUUUGAUCGGCAAGAAUGAUCUUGGGCUUUAUGUUUUUGCUUCCAAGCCAUCAAGCGGUGCCGCUAUUUUCAAGUUUUAGUAUUCUUCCUCAAAUAAUCCCAAACAGGCAUGAUUUUUCAAGCUUGUUUAUUCACCCUGUAUAAUUUAUAGGUUGUCAGGUACUGCUGCGAAUGUGAUCCAAAAUCUUGAAUUUAAGAAUCACAGCAAAGGAUAUUUUGAAAAUAAUCCACGGGUAGGGCUGGAUGCGAUCUGUGCUGGCUUGGGUUUGGAUCACGACUCUGAUAGAAUGAUCUAAGUUUGAGCAAGGGUGGCCCUAACUUGACUUGAUUGAGUUGUGAGAAAGUUGUCGGUGGAUUCAUUUUUUUCGUC